AUGGGCAAAGUACGGCCCGCGAGCCAACUCCGGCCCGCGAAAAUAUUUAACCUGGCCCGCCGAGGUUCCAUCGACAUGGAUAGUAUAUGGCCCGCCUCUAACUGCCUCGGUGGUGUAGUGGCUAGCAUGUACGGCUGCACACCCGGAGGUCCUGGGUUCGAGUCCCGGGUCGGGCCAAGUUUAGUUACUGAGUCUUGCUGUAUAGUAAGCCUCAGUAAUAGCCCGGAGUUGGGAAGUUGGCGGUGUUUCACCCCCGUGCCUCGGAGAGCACGUAAAGCCGUCGGUCCUGCGCCU